AUGGAUACACACGAGGAGCGUGAUGUGCUCACCCUCAAAGACGACCAGAAAGUCUCCAUCACCAACGAUGGCGUUAUCCCCGUGUCUUCGCUCGGAGAAGGCCUUGGCCAGCCCAUCUCUGCCAGUGUGGCGAUUGACCCGGCCGCCGAGCGACGGCUGGUGUGGAAGUUUGACCUGCGCAUCCUGCCCACGCUGGCCAUCAUGUACCUCUUCAAUGCGCUGGACAAAUCGAACCUCGGAAACGCAAAGACGGCCGGCCUCGAAAAGACCCUCCACCUCAAGGGUGACGACUAUAACCUGAUCCUGUCCAUCUUCUUCGUCCCGUAUGUGCUCGCCGGGCCCAUCGUCGGCCUGGCCAGUAAGAGAUUUGGCCCGAGUCGCACCCUACCGGUGAUGAUGCUGGUGUUUGGGUUCAGCACGCUGAUGACGGUCGCGGUGAAGAACUUUGGGGGACUUUUUGCGUGUCGGUGGUUUUUGGGCAUGGCCGAAGGAGGAUUCUUCCCAAGCAUCAUCUUCUACCAGACCUUAUUCUACCGCCGCGGCGAACUCGCCCGUCGCCUGGCCAUCUUCUACGCGGCCUCCAACAUCGCCUCGGCCUUUGGGGGCCUCUUGUCCUUUGGCGUCUUCCAGAUCCACUCGACCAGCCUGGCCAACUGGCGGUACCUCUUCGUCAUCGAGGGCGGGUGCAGCAUGCUCUUCUCGCUCUUCGCCUUCUGGGUGCUGCCGUACAACGCGCAAUCGGCGAAAUUCCUGACGCCCGAGGAGAAGGAGCUGGCCUUCUACCGCAUCCAGGUGGACUCGUCGUCGGUGGUGGACGAAAAGUUCAACAUCCGCUCCGCGCUGGCCAUCUUCAAACACCCGACCAGCUGGGUCAUCCUGGUCAUCGAGAUGUGCUUGGGUGUGCCGUUGCAGAGCGUCACGCUGUUCCUCCCCGUCAUCGUCAACCAGCUCGGCUACUCGACCGUCAAGACGAACCUGUACACCGUGGCCCCCAACAUCACCGGCGCCGUCAUGCUGCUCCUCUUGGCCUUUGCGUCCGACUUCACUCGCUGGCGGUUCCCCUUUGUCGCCCUGGGCUUCGCCUUCACUUGUAUCGGCUUCAUCAUCUUUGCAGCUGUCAACCUCGACACCCAGCUGCACACGGCCUACUUUGCCUGUUUCAUGAUGACCUGGGGCACGAGCGCGCCCAGCGUGAUUCUGGACGUGUGGUAUAAUAAUAAUAUCGCCGAUGAGAACAAGCGGGUCAUGUUGACGAGCGUGGGUGUUCCGGUCGCGAAUCUGAUGGGUGUGGUCAGGUAUGUUCUUCUCUCUCCCUCUCUAGAACAUUAUUUCAGGGCGGGUAUCCCCCCUCCCCCCCCCCCCCCCCCCCCCCCCUCCCCCCCCCCCCACCCCCACCACCACCGACACGCACCCAUCCCCCCCCCCCCGCCCUCACCCAAUAACAAAUCGAACCUCCCAUCAGCAUCACAUGCCCAUAACAUCACCACUGCCUGA